AUCUCCACUAGCUCGCACAAGUCCCCCAAUUCCGCAAUUUAGCUACAGCCGCACCGAGCGAUCUUGCGCACUCGAUUACUUUACCAGGGGAAAGACGAGAGUGCCGAGGCACCUGCGCGGCCUGACGCUAGCACAACGGGUGUCCUGCAGCGCCGGACGACCUGCCGUCGAUACCGAUCUCUUCUGCUGCCGGCGCGGCUCAGAAGGAGGAUUUCGCAUGGCGGCGGGAAUGGUUCUCGCUUCGCUUCUCGUGGGUGCGCCUCACACGACACCGAUGACGACGGAGUCGAACACCGCUGGCAGGGCCAAUAAGCGCCAGUCGCUCGUACUUGGGGACCCAAGCUACCUCAAGGUGAACAGCAACGGGCUCCCGCGGGGCGUCGUCUCGCGAUCGCGGUGGUGUCACUUUGGUCUUGGUGGUGAUCGUUCGUCGAUAGGCUUUGUUGUCUGUUGA